CGGAGCCGCAUUAAGAGUCACGAACUCCGAGAAUGGGGGUGAUGGCGCCCCGAACCUUGCUCCUGCUGCUGUCGGGGACCCUGGUGCUGCCCGAGACCUGGGCGGGCUCCCACUCCCUGCGCUACUUCGACAUCGCGGUGUCCCGGCCCGGCCGCGGGGAGCCCCGCUUCAUGAUAGUCGGCUACGUGGAUGACACGCAGUUCGUGCGCUUCGACAGCGACGCCCUGGAUCCGAGGGUGGAGCCGCGGGCGGCGUGGAUGGAGAAGGUGGAUCAGGCGUAUUGGGAUCGGAACACACAGAUCGCCAAGAACACCGCGCAGAAUUACCGAGUGAACCUGCGGACCCUGCGCGGCUACUACAACCAGACCGAGGACGUGGGCUCGGACGGGCGCCUCCUCCGCGGGUACUCGCAGUGGGGCUACGACGGCGCGGAUUACAUCUCCCUCGCUGAGGACCUGAGCUCCUGGGUGGCGGCGGACACCGCAGCUCUGAUCACGCAGCGCAAGUGGGUGGAGGCCGAAUAUGCAGAGCGCCUCAGGGCCUACCUGGAGGGCACCUGCGUGGAGUGGCUCCGCAGACACCUGGAGAACGGGAAGGAGACGCUGCAGCGCGCAGAGCCCCCAGAGACUCACGUGAGCCACCACCCCGUCUCCAAGGAAGAGGUGACCCUGAGGUGCUGGGCCCUGGGCUUCUACCCCGCCGAGAUCUCCCUGACCUGGCAGCGGGGUGGGCAGGACCUGACCCAGGACAUGGAGCUGGUGGAGACCAGGCCUGCAGGGGACGGAACCUUCCAGAAGUGGGCGGCUGUGGCGGUGCCUUCGGGAGAGGAGCAGCAUUACACGUGCCGUGUGCAGCAUGAGGGGCUGCCUGAGCCCCGCACCCUGAUGUGGGAGCGGCCUCUUCCUCCCACCAUCUCCCGAGGAGUUGAAGUCGUCGUGGUCAUUGCCGCCCUCCUCGGCGUCCUGGUCAUUGUAGCUGCGGUGGCUGUUGUGAUGUGGAGGAGAAAGAGGGCCGGUAAGGAGGGUGGGGUCUGCGUGCUCUGUUCAGACCCGGGGGAAGUGGGCCCACCUCCGGGUGGUGAACAGCACCCACUCACAGGUGCUGACCGGGCCGGGCCGGGACCCUUGCUCUGUUCUAAAGCACAGGGAACAGGAAGGACGGAUUUGUCACCGGAUGGGUGUGGUGAUGGGGACCCGAGUCCAGCAGUCAGGGGUCAGAGGGGAAGGUCCCUGCUGGGGACAGAGCUCCAGGAGGGCGGUCGGGGGAACAUGUCUGUUUUCCAACUUGUCCGGCGCGGUGUGUUCCUUCCUGGGCGAUUCUCGCUGCUCGUCAAGCUCCUGGAGCAAUCGCUGGGCUAUGGGCCCAGCAUCUUGGAGGCCCUUUCGGCCGUUCAAGCUCCUCGGAGUGGAAGUAAGGCCCUAGGUCUCACACCGCACUACUGCCACUUGCUGCUGCAGGACAGAAGGAUAAUGCGGCCCUCAGUCAGCAGGGCAUGGGUCCAGGAUGGCAUCGGCCGUCAGCAGUUUUAG